AUGCCUUCAAAACAAAGGAAAAUAGCUGUUAUGGGUUAUAGAUCAGUAGGAAAAUCAUCACUGAGCAUACAGUUUGUAGAAGGUCAGUUCGUGGACUCCUAUGAUCCUACAAUCGAAAACACUUUUACUAAAUCUACCAGAAUUAAUUCACAAGAUUAUGAAUUAAAAUUGGUAGAUACAGCAGGUCAAGAUGAAUAUUCAAUAUUCCCUUCACAAUAUAGUAUAGAUGUCCAUGGCUAUGUUUUAGUGUACAGUAUAACAAGUAUGAAGUCAUUUGAUGUAGUGAAAUCUAUUUAUGAAAAAUUAUUAGACAUUACUGGAAAAGAACAUGUUCCAGUAGUUUUAGUUGGCAAUAAAACAGACUUACAUUUAGAAAGAACAAUUCCUACAGAUGAAGGAAGAAGACUUGCAGAAGAAUGGAGAGCUACGUUUUUAGAAACAUCAGCAAAACAAAAUGCAUCUGUUUCAGAUAUAUUUCACGUUUUGUUGAUGGAGAUUGAAAAAGCUGAUGGCAAUAUCAAUGAAAAAUCAAACUGUGUUAUUUGUUAAUAAUUGUUUGGAUGUUAGCGUAAGUUUACUGUGUGUUAAAGGUUAUUAUGCUUAUAUUUUUUAGAAGUAACUACAGGUUGCUUUUUCCAAGGGUAUAUAGUUAACAUACAUUAUAUUUUGUGCAUUGUAUGAAAGCAUUCUACUGAUUAUUCUGCUAGUCUGAUUGUGCUUUGCCCACUUUGUUUUAUUGUCAUUUUUGGCAAUGAUAAAAACUUAUUUUUUAAGAAUACUAAAAUUGUGUCAAUGAUAAAUGAUUUUUUUAAGAAUACUAGAAAAGACAGGCUGUUCUUUAUACCCAUUAUUAAAAGAAAAGAAACAAAUUAUUGCCAACCUUUUGUUUUGUUUUGUUUUGUUAUGUAAACAUGUGAUACUGUUUGGGCUUUUUAGUACCAAGAACAUAGAUUUUUAUUUUUAUAAUCUUGUUUUUAAUACGCUGUAUAGGGUGAUGCCACAUGCCGGUUUGUUGAGGUACAUCCAGGUAAACAAAAAAGUUUACUAAUAAAUUCAAUGAAAAGUUUAAUUUUUCAUGUAUUCCAAAGUUCAAAUUUCAUAUUUUAAAUUUCA